AUGGCUCCGAUCGUAUUCAACAGACCUAUAUCGCCGACUCCUGACUCGGUAAUGGGAGAGGUGGUUGACAACAUCUGCCAACAAUGGGACAUUGACGAUGCGUGGCAAGCACUUCCCAAUGGUCUGAGCUACAAUCAUGCUGAGUACGCCAUGGCAUGGGGCCAGCCAUUCUUGAUUCAUCUUUCAGCCUUGGCAAGCCUUACACCAGGAAAGCUUGAAGAAGUACAAAAACGUCUUCAUAAGCGGAUUGAUCACGGUCGAAAGACGAAAGGCCGCCACUCGUGGGUGAUGCCUGAUGAUCUCAAGACGCUGGUUGAACUCUAUCGGCGCAAACAACCCACAGCUGAUAGGUCCGCCAAUAGGGGACAGAAAAGUGACUUUGGACAUAGAGUAGGACAAGAAGAGGAGCAGUCAGAAGGAGAAUUAGCAGACGACGAGCAUGAAAUUCGAGAGCAGUAUAUGUCGGACAGCACUUUACAGACCAGGGAUGCCAUUGGAGGAAUUGCAGCGUCGGAUGAUUGUCAGGACGGAGAAUGUACUCCCCGGUCUCGUAGCGGUUUGUCUCAUACUGCAACCUCCACUACGCUUACCCGUAGUGAGAAGCGCAAGGGGGACCAGGACUUGGACGAGCGGGUCAUCGGCAAGGCAUUGCAGCCAUCCACUUCGGAGAAUACCUAUGGCCUCCUCAUCGUGUUCAUCGACAGCGCUGUCAGCACGAUGGUGGACUUCACGCAACAUCCUGUAAAGGGCAUGUACGCGCUGGCCGCUCUGGGCCUUGAGCUCGUGCGGUUCCCAGUAUUCAUCGUCAAAUUCCUCCUCUUCGGUCGCCAGCACCCUAGCUGGACCUUUCGACAGGCCAUCGCUGUGCACGCCCUCUUCUCUGGGUUAUGGCACGUGGCUACGGUGCAAGCUAAGACACCACUGCCUCUCACACCGGACCGGGAGAAGGAGCGAUUCCUUGUCAUCAAACCGGCCAAGGAUGACGUAUACAAAGGGCCAUUAAGGAGCAACAAGGACGUUGUGCCAGCAGAAAUUGGUGCGACGUGGUUUCCUGCGCCAUUGACCACGGGCAGCGAUAAGAGCAACGUCAAGGUCGUCCUUCAUAUCCACGGCGGCGCUUUCGUCACAGGAGAUGGAAGGACGGGACAAUGCGGGGCUCCCGCAAAGAAACUUCUCAAGCAUACCCUAGCCACACACAUCUUCUGUCCCCAAUAUCGCCUCUCCACGCUGCCUGCCUCCAAGACAUCAAACCCUUUCCCAGCCGCGCUCCAAGACAGCCUCACGUCCUACCUAUAUCUCUUGAACGACCUCAAGAUAUCCCCAAAGAACAUCAUACUCUCCGGAGACUCGGCAGGCGGCAACCUCGCCAUCUCCCUUCUUCGCUACAUCUCCGAGUACGGCUCCGACCUCGGUCUACCUGCUCCCUCGUCAGUGCUUCUCUGGUCGCCCUGGAUCAACCCCGCCGAUACCUCUGCAUCAUACGUUCACGACAAUAGGAACUAUGCCACAGACUACCUCUCUCCUCCCUUCACGUCCUGGGGCACACAGGCAUAUGCUGGUGAAGCUGGCGAGCAGGUUCUGUCACAGCCAUACAUUUCGCACAAGAACCGAACAUUCAAAACCGAGGUGCCUAUCUGGGUGAAUGGAGGUGGGGGAGAGAUACUAUACUUUGACGUAGUCGAAUGGGCUGAGAAGAUGAAGCAAGCAGGUAAUCAUGUACAGCUUGACAUUGAAGAGCACGUUCCGCACGAUCUCUUACUCCUGGGUCACAUCUUGGGAUUCGACCAAGAGGCUGUAAAUAUGGCUAAGCGGGCAGGCGAAUGGCUGAACGAGCAAAAGAGAUAA